AUGUAUUUUUGCGAGAGCGAUCGGCUGGAUUGGUUGAACAUGUGCAAAUAUCUGCAAGGGCUGGACAAGGUGAUCCCAAAGUUGAGGGUCAUCGUUGAAGGAGGCAAGCCAACAAACGAGUGGGAGGGACCGCAGAAGCUUGGGGUUUCAGACCUUCGUCUGCUGAGUCUCAUCAAGCAUGAUAGUAUGGACUGGAUUGCCGAGCUGCAGAAAGUCCAAGGCCUCGAGGAGCUGGAGAUUGUGCCUCACAUUCGCUACCUUCCUCAACCGAACACAACAGCGACGCUGCUUUUUGCAGCCUUCUCUGCGCAGCCCCGAUAUUCCGAGGUGCUGCCACAGGCCGCCACUGGCACCGACCUGGCAGUCACAGGCUUGAGAUCCACUCCCCUCCCGCGCCAGUCAGUGUCUGGCUUUCCAGCAGCAUCCAGCCACGGGGCCCACGGCCUAAUCCACCAAGCUCGCAUCGUACCGCAGCACCUCAGCACAGUAGCAUUACAGCACAGCACAGCCCAGCCAACCUCACGAUCCAGUACUCGUCAGCCUUCCACUACUCCACGCCCCUUCCUACCCCGCCGGUUCGACCUCGACAUGUCUGCUACUCCUGUCCCGCCUGAGGACCAGGCGCGUCUCCUUGAGGAUGCCCUGGUUGCGGUGCGUCAGCAGACGGCCCUCAUGCGAAAGUGUCUGGACACACCGGGCAAGCUGAUGGAUGCUCUGAAGUGCUGCUCUACAUUGGUUUCCGAGUUGCGCACCAGUAGCCUUGGCCCGAAGCAGUACUACGAGCUAUAUAUGGCCGUCUUCGAUGCUCUGCGUUACCUCUCUGUCCACCUUCGCGAAAACCAUCCCGUUAACCACCUAGCCGAUCUCUACGAACUCGUCCAAUAUGCCGGCAACAUAAUUCCGCGCCUGUAUCUUAUGAUCACUGUCGGCACCGCAUACAUGUCCAUUCCCGAUGCGCCAGUUAAGGAGCUGAUGAAGGACAUGAUGGACAUGAGCAGAGGUGUACAACACCCCAUCCGCGGCCUGUUCUUGAGAUACUACCUGUCGGGCCAGGCCAGAGACUUCCUGCCUUCGGGAGACGGUGACGGACCUGAGGGCAAUCUGUCUGACUCUAUCAACUUUGUCCUUACCAACUUCGUCGAGAUGAACAAGCUUUGGGUGCGUUUGCAGCACCAGGGCCACUCGCGAGAACGUGAACAACGAACAAGAGAGAGAAAGGAGCUCCAGCUGUUGGUGGGUAGCAACAUUGUGCGCCUCAGCCAAUUGGUCGAUCUCGAAACGUACAAAUCGGGCAUCCUGGCGCCUCUCCUAGAGCAAGUCGUGCAGUGUCGCGACGUCUUGGCUCAGGAGUACCUGCUUGAGGUCAUCACCCAAGUUUUCCCUGACGAUUUCCACCUUCAUACCCUUGACCAAUUCCUUGGGGCAGUAUCACGCCUCAACCCCCACGUCAAUGUCAAAGCCAUCGUUAUUGGCUUGAUGGACCGCCUCUCGGACUAUGCUGAGCGUGAAUCUAAAGACGACACGGAGGACGACAAGGCCAAGCUGGAAGAGGAGGCUUUGGCAAAACUGCUUGAAAAGACGAGUCUGAAGAACACAAAUCAAGCAUCUGCACCUGGACCGUCGGGUGAAGGCGACGAAUCCAGAGAACCGGCUGAACUCGACACCAACGGAGCUAACCCCGAGACCAGCGAGAACGAGGCCCGUGCCGCCGAAGAUCUCCCUCCACCAAACGAACCCGCUCCUUCUAUUGCGGACACCGAAGCCACUGCCGUCAACGGGGAAGAUGGACCAUCGGAGAAGGCCAUCACUGAAAACGUACAGCUCUACGAGAUCUUCUUCAGCCAAGUCAAGAACCUGGUCGAGGCACAACAUCUGCCCAUCCAGGAUACGAUAGCCCUUCUCUGCUCGUUGACAAAUCUGGCCCUCAACAUCUACCCCGAGAGGCUCGACUUUGUGAACCAGAUUCUCGAGUACGCUGCCAUCAAGGUCCGCGAGAACGCAAACAAUGCCGACCUGCACUCUCCCCCAGCCCAGCAGAGCCUUUUGGCGUUGCUGCAAGCUCCCCUCAACCGAUACCACUCCAUCUUCACUGCUCUUUCUCUCCCUACCUAUGUUCCCCUUUUCCAAUCUCAGUCAUAUCCGACCCGCCGAGCUGUCGCUGGUGAGGUGGCUAGAACCCUCCUCCGCGAACAGACAAGGAUUUCCACCUCGAACCAGCUGGAGAAUGUCCUAGAGGUUCUGAAAGUGCUCAUUAAGGAGGGCUCCCAGCCGCCAUCCAACUAUCCUGGUGUCGCUCAGCGCCGGGCCGUCGAGACCGACGAGACAAUGGAGGAACAGGGCUGGCUGGCCAGGAUUGUCCACCUUAUCAACGGCGAGGACAACGACACGCAGUUCCGCCUGUUGCAGAUGACUCGCAAGGCCUACUCCGAGGGCAAUGAGAGAAUUCGUACGACAACGCCACCACUGAUCACGGCGUGUAUGAAGCUCGCGCGCCGCUUCAAGACGCGUGAGCACUAUGAUGACAACUGGGAGACUCAGAGCAAUGCGCUCUUUAAGUUUAUGCACUCUGCUCUGAGCACCCUGUACACCCGUGUCAACGGUGCUGGCGCGGCUGAGCUUGCCCUGCGCCUCUUCUGUGCUUCUGGCCAGACGGCCGACAUGACGGGCUUCGAGGAGGUCGCUUACGAGUUCUUCGCUCAGGCCUUCACAGUCUACGAGGAGGCCAUCACCGAUUCCAAGGCACAGUUCCAAGCUGUCUGUGUCAUUGCCACGGCGCUCCACCAGACAAGAAACUUUGGAAAGGAGAACUACGACACCCUCAUUACCAAGUGCGCCCAACACGGUAGCAAGCUGCUCAGGAAGCCUGACCAGUGCCGCGCCGUCUACUUGGCCAGCCAUCUCUGGUGGGCUACGCCCAUGGCCGUCAAUGGCGAGACCGAUGAAACUGGCCUGUACCGUGACGGAAAGAGAGUCCUCGAGUGUCUCCAAAGAGCUCUGCGUGUCGCUGAUUCUUGCAUGGAGACUGCCACUUCCAUCGAACUCUUUGUUGAGAUUCUCGACCGAUACGUCUACUACUUUGACCAACAAAACGAGUCGGUCACUACCAAGUACCUCAACGGUCUCAUCGAGCUCAUCCACUCCAACUUGGCCGGCAACCAGCAGGACUCGGCUUCCGUCGAGAACAGCAAGCGCCACUUCUACCACAUCUUGGAGAGCAUCAAGAGCCGGCAGUACGAGGGCCUGGUCCUUUACCCUAAAUGA